GUUUCUUCUAAGUUCUAAUUACAAAUAAAAAGCAGAGGGAUACAGUAUUUAUUGUAUAAAAUUAAUAUAAAUCAAGGAAAUUGGUUAAUACACAUUUCUAAAUGUUUAUAAAUAUCAAUAAUAAGUACAAACUUUAAAAUAAAUUGUCGAAGUGACCUUACAGAAAAAUUAAAAUCCGUAAAACACAAACUAUACCAAGAAUCAAGAUGCAGUGCUGCGUGCCUUUCUGCGUAAAUACUUCAGACAAUGCGUCAACAUCUGCGGGAACAGGAAUUACCUUUCAUGAGUUAUCCAGGUUACCCAGAGAAGAAAGUCUCCAUGCUGCUUGGCUCAGAACUCUCGGCACACAAGACCAUCACCUGCCCGACCCUGCUGUAGUCUGCUCGCAGCAUUUUUUAGAUGAAGACUUUUCUGAAACAAAGAGUUGUGUAAGGCAGAUUCGCUCUAAUGCUAUACCUACAACAGUGCAGAUGUGCAUGAUAUGCCUGGACACUGAUAGUAAGCUCUCUCUAAUGAGUAAACACAAGUUGGAGGAGACAUAUGAACAGCUAACUGGACUGUCUUUGUUUCAGUUGUGUAGUGGAGGAAACCUGAAGCAAACACUCUGUGUGCUGUGUGCUCAGAGAUUGAUUAACUUCAGUAGAUUUAGAUACUUGUGCUUGAGAGCCCAUUCACUGAUGACAGACUUACUUGCACAAGAUGAAUCAAUUACUAUUCAACAUAAGGAACUGAUGAACUGCACAACAAAACAUCUGCAGUGUAACUUAACACAGACGACGUUAGGAGCAGACUACUGUGACUUGUACAUAGAUCACACUGAUGAAGAGGAACAGACAGCAGCAGAGGAAUCUGUAGUGAAAGAUGUUGCAUCAGUUGUGGUGAAGAAUGAAUACAGUUCUGUUUCCCUGUCAAAUGCUGAUAACUCUACAUUGGUACACAAAGAUGACAAUGACAGAGACCGUUCCAACAAUGACUGUGUCUUGGACGAUGAAUACUCUGACAUGAGCAUCGAGCUGGAAUCUAGACUACUGGACGAAGCUAUAGGUGAAGCUCUUCAUAACAAAGCAACAGCUUGCUGGGCUGCAGUCACAGAACAUACUGAAACAGAGAGUUCCAUAAAGAGUGAAAGUGUUGUCUUUGAAUGUUCAUUUUGUGAUAAGGAGUUUCUGCAAGAAAUUACAUACUUGGAACAUUUAAGCAAACAUUCAUCAUUCAUUCAGGUAGUUGGCGGCGACGCUGCAUGUGAUGCAUCACAAGUGUGCGAGCCUCGUGCAGCUGUGAGCCGCAGCGGUGACUCACUCGUGCUGCAGAACAAGUCAGUAUACAACGACGCUGCAUGUGAUGCAUCACAAGUGUGCGAGCCUCGUGCAGCUGUGAGCCGCAGCGGUGACUCACUUGUGCUGCAGAACAAGACAGGAAGUCGGAGGCUGAAUGAUGUCCCUCCCCCGGCUGCAGACUGCGCUCAGGCUUUAGUCGCUCCACUGUCCGCGAGACUUGCGGCAAACAACGACCACACAGUGCAGGCAACUGAAGAAGCAGCUGCGACCCGGAAAACUGAACAAAUCCUUGAGACUGACAUUGGCGAACUGAACGAGCAAUCAUCUCAGAGCGGCACUGAAAUAUAUACAGAUAUAAAUAGAUUCACAAACUGUGUAGUACAGUUACAUGAUAUUUUCAAGAAACCCAAAAAAACUGUACCAGAUGAGAAUCCACGCCUGAAAACCCACACUCAUGCAAAGCCUUAUUCUUGUGAGAUGUGCAAUUAUAAAUGCACACACAAAAGUUCUUUAAGGCAGCAUAUGAAAACUCACACUGGCGAAAAACCUUUUUGUUGUAAGGUAUGUAAUUAUAAAUCUGCACUGAAACAUCAUUUAUUAAAUCACAUGAAAACUCACACUGGCGAAAAGCCUUUUUGUUGUGAAAUAUGUAAUUAUAGAUGUGCACAGAAAGGUAAUUUAAAAACACAUAAAAGAAUCCACACUGGCGAAAAGCCUUUUUCUUGUGACAUUUGCAAUUAUAAAUGUACACAGAAACAUCAUUUAUUAGAUCACAUGAAAACGCACACUGGUGAGAAACCUUAUUCUUGUCAGAUUUGCAAUUAUAAAUGUAUACACAAAGGUAAUUUAUUAGAUCACAUGAAAACGCACACUGGUGAGAAACCUUAUUCUUGUCAGAUUUGCAAUUAUAAAUGUAUACACAAAGGUAAUUUAUUAGAUCACAUGAAAACGCACACUGGUGAGAAACCUUAUUCUUGUGAGGUUUGCAAUUAUAAAUGUGCACGUAAACAUAAUUUAUUGCAACACAUGAAAACUCACACUGGUGAGAAGCCUUUUUGUUGUGAGAUAUGUAAUUACAGAAGUGCACACAAAGGUGAUAUAAAAAAACAUAAAAAAACCCACACUGGCGAAAAGCCUUUUUGUUGUGAGAUAUGUAAUUAUAAAUGUUCACACAAAGGUGUUUUAAACAGACAUAAAAGAACCCACACUGGCGAUAAGCCCUUUUCUUGUGAGAUAUGCAAUUACAAAUCUGCGACAAGAUGUAAUAUAUUGCGACAUAAGAUGAGAAUCCACACUCACACUAAGCCUCAGUAAUUGUAAUAAAAUAGAAAACGAAGCGAUCGCUCGAUCUUUGCAGAUGUGCAUUAACAAAAAACACAAAAACUUGAAUAUUUUUCUGAACAAAUUUAAUUAUUGUAUCCGAAAGUGCCGCAAGUGUUGAUAGACUCUAAAGUGCAAACAGAAGUCACAGUUGUACGCUAUUGUCAACUGUACGAAGUGCAACUCGUACGCUGCUCCCUUCACCCCCUCGGGUAAAUGAGCGGGGCUCGUAUUGUGUGAGUCGCUCUCACUGCAGUGAUCGCGAGCGUUGCCCAGUGGCCGGUUGUAAAGAUGAGUUCACAACAAACCUCGCUUAGCGGAUAUCUCAUAAGCGGCGGCGGAGCUUCUACGAGUACUUAUCAACAUGUGACGAAGGGGAUACACAAAAAGUCGUGCGACCUAGAAAACGAAAGGAUCGGUCAGCUGAAAACGAUUUUCAUAUGUAGUUUCACAUUCAUAUUACCAAUUUUUGUCAACAAUUUGUUGACACUCAAAAUGAACGUUAACUUAAUUUUGAGUAACACGGCAAGAUGUUACGGAACUAACAAAUAUACUACUAAACUAAACUCAAAAUAUACUGCACAACAACAAGAACUUAACAAUGUCCUAAACCGUUGAGUACUAUACGUCUUGGAAAAUAUUUAUAGGAGUAGACCUCUCAAAGUGUGUUUGUUGUUGAUGUUGUUUUUGUAUAGACAGAGAUUAGAGACAGAACGUCAUCGAUUGCAAAUAUUAGACAAUCUGUAAUUGAUGAUGUUCUGUGGUACCAGAGGGUACCACAGAACAUCAUCUGUUGUGUACUGAACGGGGACAAGGGGACAGUUGUGUACUGAAGAUUGUACGCCUUAGAGAUAUUGGUGAUAUGUGAUUCUAAUUUAUAUAUAUUAAAUGCAUAAGUGUGC